UGUUGACGGCUUUGCGAACGGUUCGUGUUUUGGUAGUGCGGCCAAGUGUCUACAGAAAGAAACUACACGCCAUAAGCGAUCGGUGCCCGUGAAAAUAGUAGCGCAAUCGAAAAACAACCGACGGUUCAAGCAUGGGAAAUGUACUGUGGUCUGUCAUCUGGCUAAUCGUGCUGAUUGUGGUCGGCUUCGCUGUGGCAUUCUUCUGCGCCGGCUGGUACGUUGUCAUCUAUCCGCUGACGGUAUGCGUGCCGGACAUAUCGGCCGUAUCCGAUUUCCUUCUACUGGGAGCACAGUUUGCGCACUUCUGUGCCAAGAGCAUGAUGGAGGGCAAAUCUCUGUUCUAAGGCCGUGGUAGCGGUUGUUCAUAAUUUUGUUCAUAAUUUUGAAUGCGUCAGUGCGUGGCCGUACAUCCCCAGCGUGGGUGAGAGAGCGUUGCCGACAUGCCGACCUACUGACCGGUUGAUUUAAAUUUCUACAAUAGCAGCAUUAAUUAACAUUAUGUUUUGUAAGUUUAAACGUCUAUGCGUCGAUGAGCAAUAAAAUCCAUUGUGUUCACGGUUAGUUUAGAGCGGGUUUGAUCAUUCCAUUUCGUUUGCUGUACAGCAUGGUAAUGCAAAAAAGAAACACGUGCAGGUUCACAAUCCAGGAUCAUCAGUUCAUGCUAAACUUAUUACAGUUGCACGAUUCAUGGAAUCGCCAUUCGAUUUUCAUUACGCGCAGCAUACCUCUGCUAACUGAAUCCCCUCGAUUGUGGCUGGUGGAAUUAGUAUGAAAUUGUAUGAACGGUAAAUUCUGCAAUUCGAGAUGAUUAAUUCGUGUCAAUAGAGUAAAUGUUAUUGGCUGGUCAAUAAAUCAAAUUUUUUA